GCGGCUGUCAUGUGGGGCGCCGCACAUGACCGGCGCUCCCAGCCCAGCCGGGAAGGGAAGCGAAGGGAGGAGGAGGAGGAGGAUGGCGGCGGGCUGGGGCCGGGCGCUGCUGCCGCCCGCUGCGCUGCUCGUCCUGGCGCCGCUUGUCCUAGCGCCGGACCCGUAUGGAGAAGACUGCAAGACUAAAACGUACCCUCCGUCAGGACCAACGUUCAAAGGGAAUGUACCCACAUAUAUCAUAAAUCUUGAUUUGCCUCCCAGCAAAAGAUGGGAUGAGUUGAUGCGUGACAAAAAGACAGAGUUGAAGACCGUAGUCCAGAAUAUAAAAGAUAUAGCAAAUACCUUCUUUCCUAGUGGCAAAAUUGUUGACAUAGUGGAUCACAAAGUAUCACACCUAACCGAAACACUUCCGUAUCCUUUCAAUGAAGAGCUCCAAGGGAUUGCAAAUUCAUCUGGAGUUCCUUUGGGGGAAAUUGUUAUUUUUAACAUCUUUUAUGAAAUUUUUACCGUGUGUACCUCAAUAGUGGCAGAAGAUAAAACAGGGAAGCUUUAUCAUGCCAGAAACUUGGAUUUUGGACUCUUCCUUGGGUGGGACGUUAAAAACAAUUCCUGGACUCUGACUCGGGAACUGAAGCCUACAGUGGUAAACUUGGACUUCCAGAGAAACAACAAAACAGUAUUUAGGUCUACAAAUUUUGCAGGCUAUAUUGGCAUGGUGUCCGGAGUCAAACCAGAUUUGUUCACUCUGACAAUGAACGAGCGUUUCAGUCUGGAUGGUGGCUAUGUUGGUAUCUUUGAGUGGUUUCUUGGGAGAAGAGAUGGUAUGUGGAUGGGCUUUCUUACCAGAGCAGUACUAGAGAAUGCUACAAGCUACCAGGAUGCAAAAGACAAACUGGCAAAAACAAGACUGCUGGCUCCCGCUUACUUUAUACUGGGUGGAAAAAAUUCUGGAGAAGGCUGUGUGAUAACUCGUUCCAGGACAGCUGCUCUGGAUAUUUGGGACCUUGAUAUAAAGAAGGGCACGUGGUAUGUGUUAGAAACAAACUAUGAUCGCUGGAAGCCUCCGCUGAUCUUGGAUAAUCGUAGAACACCUGCAAUGAAGUGCUUGAACCAGACAACACAAGAGAACAUCUCCUUGCCAACUAUUUAUGAUGUUCUCUCUACGAAGCCUGUCCUCAAUAAGCUGACAGUGUGCACGACACUGAUGGAGGUGUAUAAUGGUCAUACAGAGACUUACCUGCGGGAAUGCCCAGAUCCCUGCAGUCCUUGGUAGUCAUGUACCUGUCCUGUGUUGGAAGCUGCUUGUCUGAAAUGGAAGCCCUCCAAGGAAAAAAUACUCCUGGAAAAAAAGAUUCCUCAGCCUAACCCCUUUCUUCAGCAAUCUAAUGGCUCUAUAGAAACAUCAAUGAGCUUCUAACAGUGGAAGACCUUAUCUUGCAUUGGACCUUCUUGCUUUCUGCUCAGCAGUUCUGCUGGCAAGAAACAUAUGAUAAUGUAUAUCUGUUUUGAUUUCAGCUGUUUCUGCAAAAGGAGUUCAGCAGUUAGCUCUAGAUCUCUUCAGUCUUGACAAUAGUCUGGUUGGGGGGUUAUUUGGUGGUUUUGUGUUUUUGUUUUGUUUUAAUUGAAGUACUUCUAAAGCACAAAUGAGUUAAAAUGGCACCUACCAAGCUUGAAAAGAGUUGUGUAUUAAAGGGACAUCUGUGAUGAUAUCAUUAUGUUAUUCUUUCCUAAGCACUCAAGAUGAAUAGAUACUGUUCUGGUCUAGUAUGAUGGUAUGUCUAAAAUGCCCUGUUAUGACUUCUUGGCAGGUUAUUUUAUAUCUAUUCACAGAAGCAAGCACUUGGAGAAAUAUCUAAAACUAGAUCUGAGCCUAAAACGUCUGUUCACUGAUUUGUAGAUCUCUAGCUGAAGUUCUUUCUUGGCCUGUUAACAGAUAUAUAUUUUUAAUACAGAUUUCUGUUGUUUAAGAAAAAAAUAAAUACUAAUACAAUACAU